GCAUUGCAUAUAUUGUUGAUAGUAGGGUGACUACCCAGAGUUUAGCGCUAUGGUCGUUCGUAGUAAUGCGAGCAAAACGGCUAUCUGGUGUUGCCGAGAGGCGUUUGAAAAUAUUCGAGAGCGCCAUCUGAUGCUCAAGAUCAACAGACUAGAAUGCGUGCUGAAGAAGCGCAACAUAUGGUUCGGAGUCGAUAUGCCGUUAUCAGGUGUGGAAUUAUCAGGGCACAGACGCCUUCAGGAUGUGUAUACUGCGCCACUCAUGCUAUCUCAUCACACGACAGGUUGCGAAUCGUAGGAACACAUCCUGGGAGCGUGAAAAUCAUCGUUCCAACACUGCCCAUCCUUGAUGCUCAAAGUGUUCCGACUUGCUCUCAGUGCACUAAUUGUCUGUGGUUCUGGACCAAAGGAUACCGGCAAGCUAUGCGGCAGCAACCAGCCAUGGCAAUUUCCCACUGUGUUGGUAUCUCAUUUCGGGACGCGCGCAUCGGACUGCGUACUGCAAUAGUGGGAAACGCGCCGUGCCACAUACUCUGAAAACCCAAUCAGGGAAUAGUUCGGAUUUGACACUGGGCCAUUGCCUAGUACGGUUUUUGUGGCCUGAGAGGUUCCAGCCGGUAUGCGCUGGGCGUUGAACAGGAGCGG